UUUCAGCCCACGGACUUCCCGCUCCUUACGCUCGUCUCUUCCCCAAGUCAUCAUCCGACGGUUAGAAAGAAAAAUUCAAAACUCCAAUUUCGUUCUUUGUAAUCGUAGCCCCAAAUCUUGUUCAUUUACUCAAUUUGCAGUUUUUCCAAAUCCAGACACUCCAAGUCUUUGUCUUCGGAUCUGUAUGUUUUCCUUUGACAUUUCUUGUUCCUUAUUUUUCUCUCUCUUUUUUGGGUUUGAUUGGUUAUGCAAAACCUUCAUGUAUCUGAUAUUUCGUCUCUUUCCGCUCGUGGGCUAAUGGGAUUGGAAUGAUUUGGGUGUUGUCUCUGGUAUUUGGUGAUAAAGAUUGGCGUUUGUUCUUGUACUCCAUUUUGUAAUCGCUGAUUGUUAGAGUAGUGAUGAUGUGAAAAACAAUUUCAUCUGGUGUUGUAUGCGUGGAAAAGGGAAUCCCUUUGUUAGGCACUGUCAAGGUGCUAGAACUAUGCAAAUGUUAAUUCAUGUGCUAACAAGUUAGAUUUCACACAUCAGACUCGUUUAGUAUCAUGGAAAACAUAAGUACUUCUGAGAAAAGUACAAUGAAUUCUCCAAAUUUUGAAAAGGCAGACGAAUUUACACCUGUUCCUGUGAAGGAAUUGGGUGAGGAACCAUCAAGGGAAAUGAAAUCUGUUACCAUAAGCAGCGAUGGUUCCCCAUUAGAUAAUGGUGAUGGACAAGAUGGCUUAGGUGACAAGAUAAAUAAGAGUAAUGUGUCGGAGUCUAAAGCUCAUAUAGAGAAUUUAGCGGACAGCAUGGAGCAUGAUAGCGUGGACAAAAUGCAAAAGAGAAGUGAUUUCAACUCCAAUGUCCAGCAGAAAAACUCUGGUGUUAAUAUUGAAAAAGUUGCCUCCAGUCACCAAGUGGAUGAAGGUAAGGAUUUUGAGUCCAAAGCUGAAGAAGAAACAAAUGAAAGUACAACUGAGAUCCUUAGCGAGGUGAAGGAGCCAGAGCCUAUUUUUGAUGGAACAGACGUUCCUAAAGUUGCCUCCAGUCACCAGCUGGAUGAAGCUAAGGAUUUUGAGUCCAAAGCUAAAGAAGAAAAAAAUGAAAGUACAACUGAGAUCCUUAGUGAGGAGAAGGAGCCAGAGCCUAUUUUUGAUGGAACAGAGGUUCCUGGAAUGGAAGCUAACAGGAGUUCAUCUACACGUUCUUUGGGUAUUGAUCCUGAAGCUGAGGGAUCUGCUUGGCCUGAGAAGGCGGUGGCUCUAACAAGCUUUGUAAAGGAGAAGGGUGUAGUUGCAGUUGCUACUUUUCUACGCAGGCUUUCUGUAAAACGGGAUGAACUUGGGCAGGACAUUCCUACUGAUGAGGACAAGGCUACUUCAGAUUCGCUUGAAGAUAAUGAAACUACAGGAAUAUCUCAAAAAGCAGCUGAGAGAUCUGCAUGGAAUCCCCUAAACUACAUUAAGAUCUCACGUGACAAUGCAGAGAAAAAAGCUGAACCGGAAGCUGAAGCCAUGGAGAUGCUAUUACAACCUAUAGUCAUGAAAGGAAGAAUUAUACUUUAUACGAGGUUAAGAUGUAAGGAUUGCAAGGAGGCUAGGUUAUUCUUGCACAGAAAGAGGCUUAGAUAUGUAGAGAUCAAUAUUGAUGUUUUCCCCAGUAGAAAGGCAGAGUUGGAGAAAUUCUCUGGCUCAUCUGCUGUUCCAAAGGUGUUUUUCAAUGAAGUUUUGAUUGGAGGAUUUGAUGAGAUGAAGGGCUUGGAUGAGUCUGACAAGCUCAAUGAAAAAAUCGAUUAUCUUAUUAAUGAAGCACCUGCAGUUGAAGCUCCUUUGCCUCCUCUUUCUGGUGAAGAUGAUGUGUCCAGUAAUGGGGCACUUGAUGAAUUAGCUGUUAUUGUUCGGAAAAUGAAACAAUUUCUCAUUAUUAAAGAUCGAUUCUAUAAGAUGCGAAGGUUCACCAACUGUUUUGUAGGCUCAGAUGCUGUAGAUUUCUUAUCAGAGGAUCAAUACUUGGAAAGGGAUGAGGCUAUCGAAUUUGGUAGAAAGCUUGCAAGCAAACUCUUCUUUCAGCAUGUUCUUGAGGAAAAUUUAUUUGAGGAUGGCAACCACUUGUAUCGAUUCUUCGAUGAUGAUCCUGUUGUGGCAUCUCAAUGUCACAACAUUCCGAGGGGCAUAAUUGAUGUGAAGCCUAAACCCAUAAUAGAAAUUGCAUCAAGGUUGAGGUUUUUGUCUUAUGCCAUCUUUGAAGCCUACACAUCAGAAGAUGGUAGGCAUGUUGAUUACAGAAGCAUUCAUGGAAGUGAAGAAUUUGCAAGGUAUUUGAGGACAGUUCAAGAGCUCCAUAGAGUAGAAUUGCAAGAUAUGCGUAGGGAAGAUAAGUUGACUUUCUUUAUAAAUCUCUAUAACAUGAUGGCCAUCCAUGCAAUAUUGGAAUGGGGUUAUCCAGUUGGAGCACUUGAGCGAAGGAAGAUGUUUGGAGAUUUCAAGUACGUUAUUGGUGGCUGUACAUACUCACUUUCAGCCAUUCAAAAUGGGGUUUUAAGAGGCAACCAACGCCCACCGUACAAUCUCAUGAAGCCAUUUGGAGUGAAAGACAAACGUUUCAAGGUGGCUCUUCCAUACCCAGAGCAUCUUAUUCACUUUGCAUUGGUUUUUGGUAGCCGCUCUGGACCUGCUCUUCGAUGCUACUCUCCUGCCAAUAUUGACAAGGAAUUGAUGGAAGCAACACGUAAUUACUUAAGAGGUGGAGGACUUAUUGUUGAUUUGCAAGCAAAUGUUGCAUUAGUCAGUAAGAUUCUCAAAUGGUACAGCAUUGAUUUCGGAAAGAAUGAAGCGGAGGUGUUGAAACACGCAUCAAACUAUUUGGAACCAGCCAAUUCGGAAGCCUUGUUGGAAAUGCUUGCAGACACUCGUUUGAAGGUGAUAUAUCAGCCUUAUGAUUGGAGUUUGAACCUCUAGAGUAGAGUAAACUUUAGUUCCUUGUUUACCAUAUAGCAUUACAUACAACUUCCCUUUAAUAGAAAUUUGCAUGAGGGAAGGAAGCAUUGGUUAUUGCAGUGCAAAAACUUUUGAGUAUAUACAGCCUCUUGCACGGAUUCAAUAAUAGCACCACUCAUUCUUAAAUUAUUAA